GGCCGAGAGAGUCUAGAACUGCACAUGCGCAUUACAUUAGUACAAGAAACGCGGGAAAAUUGUUCACGUGAGUGAGUUGAUCGCGGAGAGAUAAAUAUGGCCACUCUCUUCUCCUACUUUGCAAAAACACCAAAAUCCAAGAAGCCUUCUUCGCCCGUCUGCGGUGAAACAGCAGAGAAAAAGAAGAGCAAUUCACCGAAAGAAAGAGCAAAAGGUUUCUCGCCAAUUAAUGGAGAAAAAGCGUCGACGAGAAAAGACAAAAAUUCUCCGAAACAAUCGAACGUAAAAUCAGGGUCGCCGACAAAAAUUGAACUCUGUGGAAUAUUGUGGGCGAAACUCGAAGGACAUCCUUGGUGGCCGAGUUUGAUAUGUAAUCAUCCUACACUAGGAGUGUAUGAACGAAGGGAUGAGUGCCAUGUUCAGUUCUUUGGGGAGCCCCCGAGUAGAGCUUGGGUGAAGCGAAGACAAGUCAAACCCUUCUUGAAAGGUCACAAUGGUCAUGUAGUGGACCCAACUGUUAAAAAGGCAGUCCAGCAAGCGGAAGAAGCUUUGUCGCUUUCAUUAGAACAAAGAAAGGAGCUUGUCAACUGUUUGGCUUCUGACGAGGAGGAUGAUGAUGAUGAUGAUGAUGACAAAGACGGUGAUCAAACCAUGCUAUCAGAAGAUGAGAACCCGAGCAAACGAAAGGAUGGACAGAAAAGGAAGAACAGUGCUGAUAGUUCUAGAAAGGGUGAAAGUGAUGAUGAAGAUGAUGAUGAGGUUACUGGGAAAAAGUAUAACAGCAAACGCCCAAAGAGGAAAGCUGCAGCAAAGAACAAUAAAGUGAAGAAAAGGCGAGUUAUAGAAUCUGGCUCAGAAGGAGACUCGGCAGAUGAUUAUAAACCAGACGAAGAGGAUAGUGAUGAGAGCUGUAGUAGUGGAGUUGAAGAAAAUGAGUUAGAAGACGAAACCCAAUCAGAAGAGGACAUUGAGGAUAUCUUGGAAAAGUCAUCUCGUAAGCGUAAAAGAGGCAACACAUCAACACCACGUCAGCAGAAAACAAAGAACCCCAAGUCUUCGCCUCCAUGUACACCUGUUAACUCUAAGCAACCUGUUUUAAGUACACCCUCACCGUCACUGCUACCAGGAUCAUUAACAAACAAGGUGUCAAGUUCAGCCAGUAAAGCAGCAGAAUCACUGGCAAGAUUCCAGAUGAGUUCUUCCCCAGUUCCUAGUGUGAACACUGUUGAUGAGGCUGGUGCAGGGACCUAUAAGCAUGAAAAACUAGACUGGUUAAAAGAAGACAAGAGAAGAGACAAACAUGGUAGACCAAUGUCGCAUCCUGACUAUGAUCCCAGGACGUUACUGGUUCCAUCAUCCUUUCUAACAUCAAAAGAUGUCACACCUGCAAUGAAGCAAUGGUGGCAACUAAAGAGUGACAACUUUGAUACCAUCCUUUUCUUUAAGGUUGGUAAAUUCUAUGAAUUGUACAAUAUGGAUGCUACUGUUGGGGUCAAGGAACUAGGAUUGAUCUACAUGAAGGGUACUUUUGCCCAUGCUGGUUUUCCUGAAAUUGCUUUUGGUCGAUACUCUGAUACCCUGAUUCAGAAGGGUUACAANCCCCAAUUAUGUCUGUCCAUUGUUAUCUCAUUUAAGGUCCUGUGUCCUCGUGGAGGAUUAACACUGAAAACACAGCAUGUUCUCAACCAUGAGUUAAUGUCCUCUAUGAAAGAAUAUCUAACACAAGGAACACAAUUUUGGGAGGCAGGCAAGACGUUGAAGGUUCUGGCGGAGCAGCAGUAUUUUAACAAAGAUAAGACUAGCACAGAAAAUCCAGUCAAGUCUUAAAGACAACCACUACAAAUUAUAUAUCAAUGCAAAGGNGUAAAUUUGGUGUUGUAACUUUUAAGGUAUCUAAAGAAAUGUCUAAUAGAUGAAGAAGUCUUGUCAAUGGGAAAUUUUGAGGAAUAUACACCUCUAGACAGCUGUGCACGGAGUGGACAAAGUGCAUUUACAAAAGGAAGACAACACAUGAUCCUGGACAACGUCACUCUUACAAACCUUGACAUUGUUCCAACUGGGCUGGAUACAACAUCUGAGGGAACUCUGUUAGAAAGACUGGAUCAAUGCUCCACUCCAUUUGGCAAAAGGCUGUUUAAGCAGUGGCUCUGUGCACCUUUAUGUAAUCCAUCAUCGAUCAACGACAAGCUGAAUUCUGUUGAAGAUCUUAUGUCAAAUGCAGGUUUAAUGGCUGAUGUGAAAGAUGUCCUCAAAGUUCUACCAGACCUUGAAAGACUGUUAAAAAAAAUCCAUGCACUGGGAUUGCCACGAGACAAGAAUCAUCCAGCAAGCAGAGCCAUUCUCUACAAUGAGGACACUUACAGCAAGCGCAAAAUCAAUGAUUUCCUAACAAUCUUGGAGGGUUUUAAUAAAGCAACAGAGAUUGUGAGCUUGUUCAAGGACCAUGUCAGCUCUUUCAGGUCCAAACUUCUUUCCCAGGUUGUUACAGAACAGGGUAACGAUGUUAAGCAGUCAAAAACCACUGGACACUUUCCAAAGCUGGAUGAUCUCUUGAACACUUUCAAGUAUGCAUUUGAUCACAACAAAGCCAGGAAUGAAGGAGUCAUUCUACCUAAACCAGGGGUUGACCCAGAGUAUGACCAAGCAUUGGCUGACAUUCAGGCAACUAAAAGCUGGUUUGAUCAGUAUCUGAAGAAACAGUGUGCUGUGCUGGGCUGCAAGGUGACGUAUUGGGGUUCAGCUAAGAACCGUUUCCAGCUGGAAGUUCCCGAUUCCAUCCGCAAAAUACCUGAUAAGUACACUCUACAGUCGCAGAAAAAGGGUUUUAAAAGAUAUUGGACGUCAGAGAUCGAGGAGAAACUGGCUGAGAUGGUGGAUGCCGAGGAGAGGAGAGAAGAGGUUUUGAAGGACACUAUGAGACACGUGUUUCAUAAGUUUGAUCAAGAGUACAAAACCUGGGACAAAACAGUUCAAUGCUUAGCUGUUGUGGAUUCACUGAUCAGUCUGGCGUCCUACAGUUCACAGGGUGACGGCCCCAUGUGUAGACCUGAAAUUGUUCUUCCCGAUAAGAAUUCAGCCGAGGACUUCCAGCCUUUCUUGGAAAUUCGAGAUGGGCGUCAUCCCUGCAUCUCUCGUACAUUCAGUGGCGGGGAUUUUAUUCCAAAUGACACAGUGGUUGGGAUAAGAGAUGACAAUGACUGCGACGAGGAGACAGCGGUUAACAGUCAAAGCACAUGCGUGCUCGUCACCGGACCGAACAUGGGCGGCAAGUCGACGCUCAUGAGACAAGCCGGGCUGAUUGUGAUUAUGGCACAGAUGGGUUGUUAUGUUCCGGCUGAAAAGUGCCGCCUCACACCAGUUGAUAGAGUGUUUACGAGGCUUGGAGCGCAGGACAGAAUUCUGUCAGGUAACGGUCAACAUCAGGGGUUAAAAUACAGGCUAUUUUUUUUCUUGCUGUUUCUGAUCACUUUAUGUUGCACCAUUUCAGCUAAGAACCGUUUCCAGCUGGAAGUUCCCGAUUCCGUCCGAAAAAUCCCUGAUAAGUACACUCUACAGUCGCAGAAAAAGGGUUUUAAAAGAUAUUGGACGUCCGAGAUCGAGGAGAAACUGGCUGAGAUGGUGGAUGCAGAGGAGAGAAGAGAAGAGGCUUUGAAGGACACUAUGAGACACGUGUUUCAUAAGUUUGAUCAAGAGUACAAAACCUGGGACAAAACAGUUCAAUGCUUAGCUGUUGUGGAUUCACUGAUCAGUCUGGCGUCCUACAGUUCACAGGGUGACGGCCCCAUGUGUAGACCUGAAAUUGUUCUUCCCGAUAAGAAUUCAGCCGAGGACUUCCAGCCUUUCUUGGAAAUUCGAGAUGGGCGUCAUCCCUGCAUCUCUCGUACAUUCAGUGGCGGGGAUUUUAUUCCAAAUGACACAGUGGUUGGGAUAAGAGAUGACAAUGACUGCGACGAGGAGACAGCGGUUAACAGUCAAAGCACAUGCGUGCUCGUCACCGGACCGAACAUGGGCGGCAAGUCGACGCUCAUGAGACAAGCCGGGCUGAUUGUGAUUAUGGCACAGAUGGGUUGUUAUGUUCCGGCUGAAAAGUGCCGCCUCACACCAGUUGAUAGAGUGUUUACGAGGCUUGGAGCGCAGGACAGAAUUCUGUCAGGUGAGAGUACGUUCUUUGUCGAGCUCAGCGAGACUUGCACGAUUCUUCGACAUGCCACGAGGCAUUCACUCGUUCUCGUGGACGAGCUGGGUCGAGGUACAGCUACAUAUGACGGUACAGCCAUCGCUUGUGCUGUGGUCGGUGAGCUGUCACAGCAGAUAAAAUGUCGGACACUCUUCUCCACCCACUACCAUUCACUGGUCGAGGAGUUCUCCGCUGAUCCAAAUGUUCGACUUGGUCAUAUGGCUUGUAUGGUUGAAAACGAAGACGAAACUGAUCCUAGUAAAGAGACGAUAACAUUCCUGUAUAAAUUCGUCAAGGGCGCUUGUCCCAAAAGCUAUGGCUUCAACGCAGCAAGACUGGCUGGCAUACCUGAUGAGGUUAUUUCUGUAGCUGUGAAGAAAGCUAGGCAAUUUGAAGAGAGCAUGGAUCGCGUUAAACUUUUCAGGACGCUGCUCUUCAAGUCGACCGGCAAGAAACAAGAUGUAUUGCAGCUUCAACAGAGAGCAAAAUGUCUAUAGAGCAAAUGAUAUAGUGCUGUAAUUUUAAAUUAUCGGUUACACCGAUUAGAAGAAAUGAAAUUAUGUUACAGUUUAAGUGUUACUGUAUUUUUCAGUCUUUCUUUAUUAUUAUUUCUGGAGCAUGGUGAUGGUAUUAAAAUAUUAACUCAA